CCGACCUAUUCGCGCCUACCACUGCUAAUAUAACAAAAAGUGCUACGAUAGCUUUUGUUUGUGCGUGAUUUUGGUUAUUAAUUAAUACAUAAGCCGCGGAUAAUAUGUGACGUAGAGGAUUGAACAUGUUCGAAAGAUGAAUACUAAGUUGGGAUGAAUCAAUGUCGAGUUUUCGACCCGGUGUCCACACUUGAAGAUGAUUACAUGGACUUGGCCAACAACGUUGUUCUUUUUAAUAUGGCUUUGUAAUGACGUCGUGUCAAAAAGGAAUCAUACUUUGAAGCCGAGAGUGGUGCUGCCGGAGAAUUAUGUUAAAGAGAUGAGACCGCCGUCACGAAAGGGGCAGCCCGUUAUCGUGGAGUUUAGUAUCUACGUUGUAGAUGUCAACUCUAUUAACGUCGAGGACAUGGAUUUCAGAGUGGACAUGUUCAUAAGACAGACGUGGAGUGAGAGCCGCCUACAACUGCCUGAUGAUAUAUUCGAGGAAGGCGAUGACCACGUCACUCUGCCGCCGGAGUUCUUUGACAACCUCUGGCAUCCAGAUCCUUACUUCUUGAACUCUAAAGUCACAGAAAUAGCGGAGCUAACUCACAAGUUCUCGUCAGUGACGUUGUAUAGAAACCAGACGGUGCGCUACGCGGCGAGGAUGCACGCCAUCAUCGCCUGUCAGAUGGAGUUCCAGCUUUAUCCCAUGGAUAUACAAUCCUGUCCCAUUUACAUAGAGAGCUUUUCGUAUAGUAAUCAAAAGGUUCGUUUCCGCUGGAGCGACGCAGGAGUGACCAUCAACCCGGAGCUCAAACUGCUGCAGUACCACAUCGGGGAGCCGCUGCGACUGGAAGAGACCAAUGGAUACAUGAUCGAUAAGGAUGGAAACUAUUCUAGAUUGGUUGUGUACUUCAGAUUUGAACGACAAAUUGGUCAUCAUUUGAUCCAGACGUUUGCGCCUUCGUCUCUUGUCGUUAUGUUAUCUUGGUUCAGUUUCUGGUUAGACCUGGACGCUAUACCUGGCCGUGUGACUUUGCUCGUCACUUGCAUGUUGACAUUGGUCACCAUGUUCACUGGCUUGAGAGCUGACAUUCCACCAGUUGCUUAUGUUAAGGCACUAGAUUUAUGGAUGGCUGGCUGCAUGAUGUUUGUAUUCGCGGCGCUUGGAGAAUUCGUGGUCGUCAAAGUAUUGGACAAACAAUAUCAGAUGAAUAAAACGAAAGCACAAGAAUCGAUGCCCAGAAUUAUACCAGUGCGAUUGAAUGGUGAGAAAGGUUCUUGCGGGACAGUCGCGGCGUGGGAGGGCGGCGGCGUGCGCUGUCGCAAGGUGGACCUCACCUCCCCCGCCUCGCCGCCGCCCGCCGCCGCCCCCGCCCCCGCCCCCGCGCUGCACACCACCCCCACCGCGCCUACCCCACACCUGGUGGGGGUUGAACGACGACAGAGCAUAUUACAAGUGGCCUGGUUAGACGCGGACACGGGUCAGGAGCGCGUCCUGUGGCGGGAGAUAGACAAGCUGUCGCGGGUCGUGUUCCCCGCACUCUUUCUAUUGUUCGUCACCAUGUACUGGCCCGUCCUCCUGCUCAAGACAAAGACCUCAUAACAAUUCACAUCCUUGACACCUUUCUUACCUGGCGAUGACGUUAAAAAUGUAAAAAAGAAUAUGUCAUAGGCGAGAGAAACUUAAGCGUAAGCACAAUGGCUUAACAAAGAGAUUAAACAUAUAUAGAGUAGGCAUAUUUGACACUUCAUUUAAAAUAUUACACAUAAUUUCACUAACGCUAUCUAUUGAUUGUCCUGUCUAGGUAAUUAGUUGUAUUUAAAAA